GUCCUGAAGGAAAUAGAGGCCUGCCCCGGGCCUGGGUCGGAGGGAGGCGGGGCUGCGCCGGGCGGUGGCUGAGUUCACCGUCCCGGGAGGCCUGGCUGCGGGGGAAUGAAGCCUCCGCCUUCCUCGGCAGAAGCUUUUAAAUACGGCCGCGGGCCCUGGACUUGGGCAGCGGCGGGCGGAGCGGGGUGUGGAGCCUGCGGCUUGGAAGACGCUGUCCGAGCGAACGGGAUCCAAGCGGCCGCCGUGCUCCGGCCUUGGAAGUGGUUCAGUCAUGGUUGAAAUUAAGAAGAUCUGUUGCAUUGGUGCGGGCUAUGUUGGUGGACCCACAUGCAGUGUCAUUGCUCAUAUGUGCCCAGAAAUCAGGGUGACAGUUGUUGAUGUCAAUGAGUCAAGAAUCAAUGCAUGGAAUUCUCCAACCCUUCCUAUUUAUGAGCCUGGCCUAAAAGAAGUGGUUGAAUCUUGUCGAGGGAAAAAUCUAUUUUUUUCUACCAAUAUUGAUGAUGCCAUCAGAGAAGCUGAUUUAGUAUUUAUUUCUGUAAACACACCAACAAAAACCUAUGGGAUGGGGAAAGGCCGGGCAGCAGAUUUGAAGUACAUCGAAGCUUGUGCUCGCCGCAUUGUGCAAAACUCGCAUGGGUACAAGAUUGUGACGGAGAAGAGCACAGUCCCCGUGCGCGCAGCAGAGAGCAUCCGCCGCAUAUUUGAUGCCAACACAAAGCCCAACUUGAAUUUACAGGUACUGUCCAAUCCUGAGUUCUUGGCGGAGGGAACAGCCAUCAAGGACCUAAAGAACCCAGACAGAGUCCUGAUUGGAGGGGACGAGACCCCCGAGGGCCAGAAAGCUGUCCGGGCGCUCUGUGCUGUGUAUGAGCACUGGGUUCCCAAGGAAAAGAUCCUCACCACCAACACUUGGUCCUCAGAGCUGUCCAAAUUGGCAGCAAAUGCUUUUCUAGCGCAAAGGAUCAGCAGCAUUAACUCCAUAAGCGCUCUGUGUGAGGCAACAGGGGCUGAUGUGGAAGAGGUGGCAACAGCUAUUGGAAUGGACCAAAGAAUUGGAAAUAAGUUCCUGAAAGCCAGUGUGGGUUUUGGUGGGAGCUGCUUCCAAAAAGAUGUUCUGAAUUUGGUUUAUCUUUGUGAAGCUCUGAAUCUGCCCGAAGUAGCUCGUUACUGGCAGCAGGUCAUAGACAUGAAUGACUACCAGAGGCGGCGGUUUGCAUCGCGGAUCAUAGACAGCCUAUUUAAUACAGUGACGGAUAAGAAGAUAGCUAUCCUGGGGUUUGCAUUCAAAAAGGAUACUGGUGACACCAGAGAGUCCUCCAGCAUCUACAUCAGCAAAUACCUGAUGGAUGAAGGUGCACACCUCCAUAUAUAUGAUCCAAAAGUGCCCAGGGAACAAAUAGUUGUGGAUCUUUCCCAUCCAGGUGUUUCAGUGGAUGACCAAGUGUCCAGACUGGUGACCAUUUCCAAGGACCCAUAUGAAGCGUGUGACGGCGCCCAUGCUCUUGUCAUCUGCACUGAGUGGGACAUGUUUAAGGAACUGGAUUAUGAGCGGAUUCAUAAGAAAAUGCUGAAGCCAGCCUUUAUCUUUGAUGGGAGGCGCGUCCUGGACGGGCUGCACACUGAACUGCAGGCCAUUGGCUUCCAGAUUGAAACAAUUGGCAAAAAGGUAUCUUCCAAGAGAAUUCCAUAUACUCCUGGUGAAAUUCCAAAGUUUAGUCUUCAGGAUCCACCUAACAAGAAGCCUAAAGUCUAGACAUAGCCAUUUUACCUGUGAUGAUUUUGGUUCUUCAGGGUGGCCAGUGUCUGUGUGACAUUAAAUGGUAAAUGACUACAUGUUUUUAAGGAAACAAAAAUAUUUUUUUAUCAUCAAAUUUAUACUAGCUGUAUGGGUGUUAGCAUAUCAAGUAAUUAUGAAUCUAGAGUAAUUUUUACAUAUUUUUAUAUUAUUGUCCUCUCAGUUGUUGAAUGGAUGGAAAGCAAUCAUGUUGGUUUAAAUGUUGUCAGUUUUUAUAUAAUAAAAAUGAAACUUGGAACACUUUUUAGCAUUACAAAUUGUCCAAAGACUACAAUCAGAAUGAGAGAAAGGUAGUCUUUUCCUGUGCGUUGAUUUGUGUGCUCAUUAUUAAAUGUGAUUUUGAAGCCAUGAAUUCACUGUGCUAGUAUAUAUGGACUAGUUAAAGUUCUGUGGCUUUUUGUUUUAAUGAGAUAUGUCAUUAGUGGUUUUAAAUGUUUUUCGGUUUUUCCCAAAAGAUCACUGUGCAUCUCCUUCCACACUUACCUUGAAAUUUUUUUUUUUUUUUAAUUUAACCUGAGAAGAAACUUGGUAGUAUUUGGUUCUUUGUUUCUUAGCUUUUGCCACUGAUGGUUAUUUUUACAGCCUAUGAGUCAAAAAUUGUUUCCUUUUGACUUUUUAUUUCUAUUACAUUCUAAUUUUUUUUCUUUUAAGCAAGAACUAAUAAAAUCUCAUGUGUAAACUAAAA